AAUAUUAACAAUUUAACAUAAGGAGAAGACGUGAUUUUAGUUUCGGACCAAAAGGUGAGUACGUAAUUUAUAUGCUUUCGUCAAGUUGUCCGAAAUUCCCAAUUUCCACGAGGUUCCUGCAUCGAUCAAUGGCCACCAACAGCGCGAAGAAGUUUAUUCGAAUUGAUAUCAGUUCAGAUACUGUCUGUCCGUGGUGCUUUGUAGGCAAAAGAAACCUUGAUAAAGCUAUAGCAUUAGUCAAUGAUCAGUAUGAUUUUGAGAUUAGAUGGCAUCCCUAUCUUCUCAACCCUUCUGCGCCUAAAGAAGGGGUUAACAAGAAAGAUCACUACAGAAAUAAAUUUGGGCCUCGCUCUGAACAGAUGACUUCAAGAAUGACAGAGGUUUUUAAAGGCCUUGGGCUGGAAUAUAACAUGUCAGGACUUACAGGAAGUAGUUUGGACAGCCACAAACUUCUAUAUUUCGCAGGACAACAGGGGCUUGACAAGCAAAAUAAUCUUGCUGAGGAGCUUUUUCUUGGCUAUUUCACACAGGGAAGGUAUAUAGGUGACAGGGAAUUUCUUGUAGAAGCUGCAAGAAAGGUUGGUGUUGAAGGAGCAGCUGACUUCCUUGAGGAUCCAAACAAUGGGCUAAAGGAGGUGAAUGAAGAGCUUCAGCAGUAUUCAUCUGAUAUAUCAGGGGUUCCACAUUUUGUGUUAAAUGGCAAGUAUCAGUUGAGUGGUGGCCAACCUCCAGAGAGCUUUAUCCGAGCUUUUCAAGCUGCUUCAAAUAUCACAGCGUAGUUCUUCUCCAACUUCAUGUGAAGUCUGUCUGCCGCUGCGAAGUUGUAUGCCCACUGGAAAGAUACUUGUGGCGCUUUCUUAAAGUAAGAGGAAAUAUUGGAUCAAUGCUAUUCCUCUAAUAUAAGUUAAUAUUGUGGAUACUAUGAUUUGGUAAUAAAAUCCACCUAGAUGUUUGACGGUCUGUAUAAGAAAUGUUAGUGAUGACUUAAUGUUCCUGCAGUAUUUGUUUCUGUUUUGUUUUACAUUGAAGGUCGAGAUAUUUAUGCCACAUAAUUGGGAUGAUCUAUAUAGA